GUAUAAAUUACCGAUGUGGAGGGAUAUGUUAUUGUUGUUACUGUGAAGCGAAGGACGUUAAGAGUAGCUAGAGAUUAGUUUAACUGUUAUGAACCAUGCAUAUGAGGACUGUAGCUAAUUUAUACAUGUGUGCGGAGUGAUUAGAGUCAAUAGAAUGAAUGCAAUAAUAUUCGUCUGUUAUUCAUCUUCUCUCUUGGUCAUCUUUCAUUUUCUUGUUUCAUCUUCUUCUUCACUCCAUGGUAUCAGAGUCAGUCAGCGAGUACGCAUUGUCAUAGCAAGACAGUAAUUCAUAUAACUACAGAUCUGGUAUCCCAUGAAAAGGACCAAGCAUAUAGAGAUAGAUUUUCAUUUUAUAAAGGAGAAAGUUCAAAAGGUGUGAUUAAGACUCAGCAUGUAAAGAGCAGCUAGCAGACAUAUUGACAGAAAGCCUUAGAAAAGAACAGGAUCAGUAUUUGGUUUCCAAGUUGGGAGUCUUGGACUUGCUUGAUCCCAAUAGAGGGGAAGGGUGAAGUGAACAAUGUUAAGAUCAGUUUAGAGAUUCGUUAUUUGGGUGUUACUGUUAUGCUUAUGAGCCAUGUUAACAAGAAUUGUAGUCAAUUAUUACACGUGGACAAAAUUAUGGAGCCAAAAGAGUGAAUGGAACGAUAUUCCUCUGUGAUUCAUCUUAUCCCUCAGUCAUCUUUCAUCUUCUCAUUUCAUCCUCUUCUUCACUACAGUUACUGCUUGCAGCACGUACAGAAUAAAUUGGAUACAUUUUGGUGCCAACUCUAGCAGCCUAGAUGGCUUAGAAUAGUAAUGCUUAUAGUUUAUUAAUUCAGUUCAAAAUGUGCAAUAUACAUCAUUUUUUUUAUUCUUAAUAUGUUGCACACUAUGUUAUAAUUGGACUGGAGGAUGUUCCGCUGAUCUUAAUGUAAUUGGUAACAGAAUCUAAUUGUAAAGUAAGUUUCUUCUCCCUGCAAGACAACAUGCCGUUUUUAUGUUGAAAGACUCUGUGAAUGAGUAUUAUAUAUAGUGUGUCAAAGUGAUCAUGUGGGUGUGUUUGAAUUUCUGCAUUUAUGCAUAAAUAUGUAUAUGAGUUUGCUUGUUUAUGUGUAUAUUUAUAAUAUGAUGCAUCAUAGGCACAGGGCAGCUGGCGCAAACAUUUGGACUUGAUUAUAAACGACUCAUGUUACAAAAGAAUAUUCAAUCUUUUACACUAUUGUAAUUCUCAGAUAUAUGUUUGAAGAAGCAGGUCACUUGUGGCGUAAUUAGGCCAGCUCCCCCCCCCCUUCCCCUCAAACUUCACAACUGUUAAGUGAUAUGCUAAUGAGUACUAUAUUCAUUUAAAAUAACCCCAGGACUCUUCGCAUCAAGAAUGGGGUCAGGAAAUUGGUUUAAGACGAUGAUUUGCUUGGGAAAGACAAAAGGCAGUUCAAAGAAAUCAAAGGGAUCUCAAGCUUCAGGGAAACCCAGUGCAAUGGAGUCAAAUAAUCAUAGAGGAAAGGGUUUUAGUGGUGUAGAAAAUGGUGCUAGAAGUGCUAGUCGUGUGUUACGUGGGGUCUCAGUUGAAACUAUUGCAGCAACAAGAAUCCAAACAGCAUAUCGGGCUUAUAAGGCAAGAAAAUCUCUUCGUCGAUUGAAAGGGUUUGCAAAAUUAAAAAUUGCGACCCAACGUCACUCUGUUAAAAAGCAAGCUGAUACAACUUUAAGUUAUCUUCAUGAAUGGAGCAAGAUACAAAGUGAGAUUAGAGCUCGCCGAAUCUGUAUGGUGACAGAAGACAGGGUCAGACGGAAGAAGCUAGAGUCACAACAAAAACUCGAGGCAAAGCUCCAUGAUCUAGAGGUUGAAUGGUGUGGUGGUCCUGAAACUAUGGAGGAGAUUCUUGCAAGGAUACAUUAUAGAGAAGAAGCAGCAGUAAAACGAGAAAGAGCUCUGGCAUAUGCCUUUUCUCACCAAUGGAGAUCCAAUUCUAGUCAGAACCAAGGGCUGGGAAAUUAUGAACUCAACAAAGGUAACUGGGGUUGGAGCUGGAAGGACCGCUGGAUUGCUGCUCGCCCAUGGGAAAGCCGUGUUGCCAAUACGCCUCCUAGAAAGGCUCAAACUAAGCAAGCUAGCAAGGUUCAAAAGGACAAGAACUCAUCAACACCUAGAGGCGCUGUUUCAUUUAAACCAACAGUGGUUAAUCCAAAAGCCAGGAGAUUGUCUUACUCAGAUAUAGAGAAAAAUAUGACACAUGAAGGAAGGCUAUAAACACUCAGCACGCUAACAAAGAAAAAAAACACACACACACACACAAAAAUCAUACAUCACUGAAGAAAAUAAGUAAACAUCUUAUCUAUUUAAAUCCGUUCAUUCCCUACUUCUGCAUAUACAGAUGGAAGUCGGUGAAUUUCAGACCCUUUGAGUGUGAUUGGUUGGUUCAUCUUUCUGUUUCUUCUGUUUUCUUCCUCAAUAAUGUAUAUUUAAAGAAUUUACAAAGAGUCAACAGAAGAGUUCCUUUAUUUUUUAAACCCUGUUUUGGUAAUCCUGUGAAUGUAAUAGAUAUUCUAGCGGCCGUUACAUAUGUUCUCAAUUGUAAAAUACAAAUAGAAAACAGUAUAUUGCUUCGUUG